AUGUUACUUACGGAUGUUGUCUGGGUUAGCACGGAAACAUUUGGUUGGUGGCCUGCAGAGAUAAUAAGUCAAAAUAAAUCCGAAAAACCUUUACGUGUCCAACUUUUUGGUGAUAUCCCGAAAAAAACUAUGGAACUUGACAACACGUCAGGUGUUUUUAUUCUCCCAUUUCGCUGUGACAAGUCUUCCGAGUUUUUGGAGAAUGGAAGAAAUUCUGAUAUGAAAGAAAUAUUUAAAAACGCGGUUUCAGAAGCUGAGGAAAAAGAAACUGAAGAAAAUGAUGGCUUACCCAGUGAGGACUAUGCUUUUCAUAAAAUUGUUGAUUCUGUUGAUUCUACAAAGCCAUCGAAACGGAGAAAGAUUACUCCUGAAAAAAGAUCUACGAGAGGAAAAAGGAAAAGUUUUGGCUCAGCAAAUUGUCAUAUAACUCAUGAGACUUCAUCGAAUAAGCAAUCCACAAUUCUGGGUUCAGGCAAUGCUGAUAUGAAUUUUCAAGAAGAUGGAAGCCUUAUGAUCCCUGGCGAACCACCAGAUAAAUAUAAAAUAAAAUUUUGUGAUGGAACGACAUCAGUAAUUUCUCGAAAGAAAUUCUUUACGAGAUAUGAAGAUGGAUUUCAAACAUGUCAAUUGGGUGGUAUUGAGUUAGAAAAAGAGGAUCCCAAUUACUAUGAUCAGGAACUUAUUGAUCAAGUCCAUGAUCUUGAAGAUAUACUUUAUCGAGUUUUGACGGGUAGCGAAGAAUCCGCAUGGAGAUAUCGAGAUUUUAUUGAAGGAGGUAAAAAACGAAAUCAACUUGCAAAAAAAGUAUCUCCCGGACCUUUUAGCUUAAGCGAAUUCGCCAUGAUUGCUAAAGUUUUGAGAGGCAUGUUUAUACCGGAAGUUGCUGAGUCGAUUGAUCGACAUGAAAAAAUAUCUUCUCCAAAAAAGAGAAAGGGAUGUAAUGGUGGCGAUCUAAAUGGACAAAAAUCAAUCAAAAUACCCGAUAAUUCCAUUUUUUAUAAAUAUUCAAAAGAUUUAAAACUUCGGUUUGUAAGUGAUGUUUUACUCCCUGAAGUUAUUAUCAGACUUAUAAUGGAUGAUGAAGGAAUUGAUUAUGAUUCAGCAGAUGAACAAAUGUUGACAGGAUAUGAUGAUUCAAAAUGGGUGGAGAAUCUUAUGGCCGUAAGAAUUAGUUUUCAAGUUGAAUCACCAUUUAAAGAUAUUGCGCAGGGAAAAAGAGGGCCAUUAUAUCAUUACGUAUUGGGAUUAGAUUCGAAUAAUGCUACGAUAGCUACUAUAGCUAAUAUUAUUAACAAUUUAUUAUAA